CAUCAGCGCCAAGCCUGCUGCGCGCGUUUGUGAAGCCGCUCAUCCCUUUUGCUGUCGUGCGGAGCCCACUGAGGAGUCGCCAUGAGCAAGGCCCACCCUCCCGAAUUGAAGAAAUUUAUGGACAAGAAGUUAUCAUUGAAGCUAAAUGGUGGCAGACAUGUGCAAGGAAUACUGCGGGGCUUCGACCCCUUCAUGAACCUUGUGAUUGAUGAGUGUGUGGAGAUGGCAACCAGCGGGCAGCAGAACAACAUCGGCAUGGUGGUCAUCAGAGGAAACAGCAUCAUUAUGUUAGAAGCCUUGGAAAGAGUCUAAACAAUGUUCAG